AUGUCACCUCCUACCAGCGAGAAGCCUGGCAGCGUGGAAAAUGUCGAAGAUGUCGGCCAGCGCGCUCUCGACGACAUUGACUAUGACGAGGAAUACUCGUACGAAGAGCAGCGCAAGAUCAUCCAUCGCAUUGACCGGCGCCUGGUCACCAUGACGGGUCUUGCAUACUGCAUCUCGCUGAUGGACAGGACGAAUCUCAGUAUGGCUGCUGUGGCGGGUAUGAUCAAGGAGUUGGGUUUGCAUAAAGGGACGAGAUAUUCCGUCAUUGUGCUUAUAUUCUUCGUCCCCUAUGUCAUCUUCCAACCCGCCAUGACGGUUAUCACGAGAAAACUGGGUCCUACAUUCUUUCUGGGAGCUAUCGUCAUUUCAUGGGGCGCAAUUCUGGUCGGAAUGGGCUUCACGAAAGAUUGGAAGCAAAUGGUUGUAUGUCGUAUGCUGCUUGGUAUUCUGGAAGCAGGGUACUUUCCCGGCUGUGUGUACCUGCUUUCCAGUUGGUAUGUAAGAUACGACGUCCAAAAGCGCUUCUCGGUGUUCUAUCUUAUUGGAUGUGUGGCCUCGGCCCUGGCGGGUAUUCUCGCUUUUGGCUUGUCUCAAAUGGCUGGUAUCCAGGGCCUGGGAGGCUGGAGAUGGAUCUUCAUCAUGGAGGGAGUGAUCACCGGAGUUAUUGGAGUCUUGACCCUUCUCCUGCUCGUCGACUUUCCCGAUCGAGCACACAAAUCCUGGCGAUUCCUCACCGAAAAGGAGUGCGCCUUUAUCGUCCGGCGCAUCAACCGGGACCGGUCCGAUGCUGAUAAUGAGCCCUUCACUCUAAGACGCUUCCUCACCCCCGCGCUCGACCCGAAGAUUUGGGGCUUCGCAAUGCUUUUCCUCUGCACAACCACCGUCACCUACGCCAUCGCAUACUUCCUGCCCAUCAUCCUCCAACAAGGUAUGGGCUACAGCGUCGGCGCCUCCCAAUGCCUCGUCGCACCCCCCUUCGUCUUCGCCGGCAUCGUCAUGUUCGCCUCCGCCUGGGUCGGCGACAAGUACCGCGUGCGAGGCGUGCUCGUCGUCGUCAACUCCAUCCUGUGUCUGAUUGGCCUGCCCAUCCUGGGUUUCCACUCGAACAACGCCGUCCGCUACUUUGGCGUCUUCCUCGCCACCGCCGGCGCCAACUCCAACAUCCCCGCCAUCAUGGCCUACCAGGCCAACAAUGUCCGCGGCCAGUGGACCCGAGCGCUCUCCAGCGCGACGCUGGUCGGAUUUGGUGGCAUUGGUGGCAUCGUCAGCAGUCUGGUCUUCCGGUCCCAGGAUGCGCCGGGAUAUCGGCCAGGCAUUUCGACGACUAUCGGAUGCAAUGUUCUGAUUCUGAUUAUCGUGGCGGCUAUGAGUCUGUGGUUCCGCAUCUGCAAUAAGCAGGCGGAUCGGGGGCAGCGGAUUAUCGAGGGGUCGGCUUCCUUCCGGUAUACGAUUUAA